AUGAAUCCUUUAUUGGUAGGGCUUGUUUUGCUUGUGAACAUAAUUGGUAACAUAUUUCUGCCAAGCUGUAGUACAUUUUGGUACAGUUUGAGAGCUGAAAAGUUUCCUAAACUAGAUGGAAUUGACCCGUUGAUUUCAUUGUUGCUGAUCUCCAUGUAUAACAGAUUGACAUUCCUUUCAAAAUCAGGAAGAGGCCCGGUAAAUUUGUUUUGUUUAAGAAGGACCCUUCUUAGAGUUGUGCAUCUUCCAACAUCCAGAGGUAUUCUUCCUCGAAGCCGAUUGAUUCCCAUAUUCAGAACACUCAAAGUUUCUUCCAAAACAAAGAUUUGGUGGCAGGUUGCCAGUGAACCUAUUGUUUACAAAGUCCAACUGCACCAAACUGCUGUUAAUUCCCAUGCUUUGAGGAAGUUCACCACAAAGGCUAUUAUUAUACACAAACAGAUGCUCGAGACGUCGAAUCUUCCAUAUCUCAAGCGGAAUUUCGCCACUCAAGUUCAAGGUCGCGUGACUCGCCGAGUUUCCCCAAUUCACUUGGAAUGUUUCUAUCAAGCCGAUUGGAAUACAAACGCAACUCAGUCAAAGACUCACAGUUACCUAUUUCAGAAGGUAUUUUACCAGACAAAUGAUUCUCGGAAAGGCGAAGAAUUGAAAGCUCGGUGA